AUUUUCAUUCUUCGAGAAUGCUGGGUAAAACGCUAUUUCUCAUUCUCCCUUUGUUCAGCAUUGCUUUAUCAGACCUCUGCAGACCAGAUGCUCUGGGAGCUUUCAAAGUUCGUUUUAAUAUAAAAAAGGCUCUAGGAGAUAAAGCAUAUCCAUGGAAUGAUGAUGAAGAAUUUCUCUUUAAAGCUGUGAUUGUAUUUGCCAUGCGAGCUCAUGUGAACAGUGCAAUUCAGAUUUCAGACAUUGUGAUUUGCAAUGUGACUCCAAGAGUGUCAUUCUGGUUUGUGGUAACAUCCCCUUCAAAUAGCUCAGAGCCAUUACAAAGCGCAGAAGUGAAGAAUGCUAUAAGGCUUGAAAGGAACCGGAUUAACAGUGCCUUUCUACUAGAUGACAACACUCUGGAGUUCCUUGCCAUCCCCCCUACCCUCCCUCCUGAAGCUACAUCUUCCAGCAAGUCAUGGAUGAUUGUAUUUGGGGUGGUUGUUGGUCUUCUUGGAGUUGCAUCCAUUUUGCUCGUGGUUUCAGGAAUCAGGAACAGGAAAAAGAGAAAGAAUGCUAAAACUGAAGAUGAGGAAAAUUGUGAAGAAAGGACAAAAUCCACGGACACAGCUGAAAAUGGAGCUUCUUUAUGCAGCCUGGAUUCUUCUGAAGGAGUGGACAAUGAGACCUUUGAUAAUAUAACAUAUUUUUAGAAGGACGUUCUCACUCACUGAAUGACUUCAAUGCAUCAUUCUUUAUAUUUAUCCAGAGACUUUACCCUUUAAAACCUAUAGCUGUGAACUAAAAAUAAAGUAUAAUAUAUAUACAUGUUUCCAUUAUUACAGAAGACUUUAGUAGACAAUAUAUUACAUAUUAAACAACUUAAAAGUAUAGGCCUUUGAUUUCACAGUUUUACAGAGAUGUUCACCCAGCACCGACUCGACUGAUUUCCUCAUCAUGGUUUCAGCUGAAUUUACUGUUUAGUUGAGUUUCUAUGUUCCAUCACUGGUUAUAACCAGACUGCCAUUU